AUGGCGCAGGAAAUUCUAAAAUUCGGGCAAUGGAAGAUUCGUCUCUACGAUCAAAUUAUGGAUCAAAGAACGGUGGUAGAACAAAUUGCAGACGAGCUUGACGCAGAGAUGUCGGAUGAGGGUGCACUACUCUGCAGCCUCGACAACGUCAUCCACCGCCUCAAACUGUGGCAGACAAAAAUGCCGAGGAUUACGCCCUUUUUCGCCGUGAAAUGCCACCCGGAUCCGAUGGUUAUUCGCGCGCUGUCCAGCCUGGGCUGCGGGUUCGAUUGUGCCAGUCUCCGGGAAAUACAGACCAUCUUGGACCUGCAGGUGGAGCCGGCUUGUAUAAUUUAUGCAAAUCCGAGCAAACACCGCACAUUUAUCCAAUACGCUAAAACGAAGCGCGUCCACAAGAUGACGUUCGAUUCGGUGGAGGAGUUGCGCAAAAUCAAGGAGGAAUUUGAGGAGGCAGAGCUGGUCCUUCGAAUCCUGGUCUCCGAUCCUACAGCCAGCUCGGUUUUUGGCCGCAAAUUCGGGGCUGAGCCCGAGACGGUGGCCCGGGAAUUGCUGGAGGAGGCCAAGCAGAUUGGAAUGAAAGUUGUCGGCAUUAGCUUCCACGUGGGAGUCGGGUGCAAAGACGCGCCAAUCUACGAGACGGCCAUCCGCUACGCGCGACAACUGUUCGACUACGGUACCCGGUUGGGGCACCGGAUGCGAAUUUUGGACAUUGGAGGCGGAUAUCCGGGCCGCGAGGUGGAUAACCCGCAGUUUGAGAAGAUCGCCGCCGUCAUCAAUGCAGCUAUUGAUACCCAUUUUGGCGACGUCGAGGGCUCCUUCACCCUAUGCACAAAAAUCAUCAAUGCUGUCGAGGUGCCGGCGGAUCGGAUAACGAAAAAUGAGCUGGAUUCAAAUCAAAGGGGAAUGAUGUAUUUCCUAAACGAUGGAAUCUACGGGUCCUUUAUGCUGGCGGCAACCGAGAAGAUCUACGUCGAGGGAUUCCCGUUGAGGCCAAAUCCGAGCGCCGAGAGGCUGACUUCCAUUGUGUGGGGACCGACGUGCGCUAGCGUUGAUGUUGUUGAGGAAGCCAUCGAAAAGGAGCGUAUGGCGGAGGGUGACUGGGUCCUGUACCCCGAUAUGGGCGCCUACACCAAUGGCCUAUGCACGACGUUCAACGGAUUCCCCAGACCCACGCUACACUACGCAAUUUCACGCAAAAAUUGGAAAUUCCUCGAGGAGCACGGGAUCCAAGAAUUGGUG